ACGACAGGGUCUGUUUACAUUGAGUUAGUUCAGUGGAAACCACCAUAACGCUUAGUCGUUUUCCAACCAUCGAAAAUGUCAUCAGUGACUCCUUCGUUUGAAGUCUAAUGUUUAAAGUAAUGUUUAUUUCGCUGUGAUAAUGAACCGCUACAUCACUCUGCAUCAACUUGGCGAUGGUACCUAUGGAUCGGUGGUUUUGGGCCAGAGGAAGGACACCGGUGAGAAGGUAGCCAUCAAGAGGAUGAAGAGGAAAUACUAUUCCUGGGACGAGGCUAUGAAUCUAAGAGAGGUGAAAUCGUUGAAGAAGUUACAUCAUUCCAAUGUAGUGAAACUCAAGGAAGUGAUACGUGAGAACGACGUCCUCUACUUCGUGUUUGAAUAUAUGCAGGAGAAUCUCUACCAACUUAUCAAGGACAGGAAAGUUCCUUUUCCUGAAGCAGUGAUACGAAAUAUGCUUCAUCAGAUCCUCCAAGGUCUAGCGUUCAUUCAUAGGCACGGUUUUUUCCACAGGGAUUUGAAGCCUGAAAAUAUUCUGUGUUCAGGCCCCGAGCUGUUGAAGAUAGCCGAUUUCGGUCUAGUGCGAGAAAUUAGGUCAAGGCCUCCUUAUACGGAUUACGUGUCCACGAGAUGGUAUCGUGCACCGGAGGUACUGCUCCAUGCCACCACCUACAGCAGUCCAAUAGACAUGUGGGCUGUUGGCUGUAUAGCUGCAGAGAUCUGCACUUACAGACCCCUCUUUCCUGGAAGCACCGAGACCGACCAGCUCUAUAAAAUUUGCGCAAUCUUAGGUUGUCCCAAUAAGAAAAAGUGGCCUGAAGGCUAUCAACUGGCUGGUGCAGUGGGCUAUAAAUUUCCUUACUUUCCUAAGACAAAUUUGUCUGAUGUUGUUCCUCAAGCCUCAGAAGUUUUGAUCAACCUGCUGGACCUCUUUCUAGAUUGGAACCCUUUAGACAGACCAACUGCCCAAGGAGCGCUGAAACAUCAGUAUUUUCAAGUAGGACAGAGAUAUAGCAGCAUCAGAAGGAACGAAAACGGCGUCCAGCUGAACCUCAGUGAAGGCAACCUGUCCCUUCUUAAACCACCUCAGUCUCAAUUACAACAGCCGACACCUGCGCGGUCGGGUAAGUCUCGCCUGGAUAACAUCCUGGCCUUACCCCCACCAGGGGGGUUCUCGAGAAGGAAUUCCCAGAUCCCCCCGGACGUGGAAUAUCCCAGCGUCCAGAAGCCGGGCGUGAAGAUCAACAUCGAGUCUUUGAUCAAGAACUUGGAGGAUGCGGAGCCGAUGUCGACCUCCAUCGUUUAUACUUUCGGCCAGCCGACGUUCAACAACAAGCUGUUCUCCAAGAUCAACAAUAGGUCGGCGCCACUGCACAAGACUAUCAAUUGGGGCAACGAGGACGAGGAACUUGACGACGUUUAUUUCGCUGGAAUCACCAGGACCUUGAAGAUGAAUGGUAACACAAGGAACGAGCUAGAAAAUUUCAAGUUUCCAUGGGAGGAUAUAAAUUUGAAGAACUUGAAAACACCUGCGAAGAACGCAAACAAUUCAUAUUUAAAUCUAUCAAGAUACAUUUCAGGACAACCUCCUGACCUCAAGAGAGAUUCUAAAGAGUUUCCAACUGUAAAAAGGAAAGAUUUAAUGGGAGCAGCUAAAUGGUUGGAAUGAGGACUAUAGGAGACUAAAUUAAGAUUGAAGCUAACAUUUAUGGCACCAAAUAUUAAUUAUUUGGAUCAAACUACGGAUUGGUUCGAACAUCGUUUUAUUAUUUAUUUUUACUAAAGAACAUAAUGCAAAAUUUAUACAGGCUGUGGGUGAAUUGGUUAUCACAAAAUAUAUGUCAGUUGGAAAAA